AUGAAUAUAACCCGUCGGAUAUUUCUCUUUCUUGUCAUCUUUUGUGCAACAGAAAGAUACAGAUCUGCCGAUGCAAUCGAGUUAUCAUUACUUCUCCUCAAAAGAUAGCUUGCCCCCUCUGUGAGCGAACAAAAAAAUGUUUGUUCGCUCACGAAAAGGGAUAAAUAUUAUUUUAAAAAAAUUAAAUAUAAAUUUUAUAGUAAAUUUUUCUAUGAGCUGCUCCAUUAUACUACUUCUUAUUUAUAUAUCUUUUUUUUUGCUUUAAAACACUGGCUGUUAUCGAUCAGACCUGCCUGAGCAGGUACCCAAUAUUAAUUAGCUAUAAUAUUAAUCCCGGGGGAAAAAAUCUUAUUUAUAUGUCAAAAUAUUUUUUCAUUAUAUCAAAACAAUGUUUUGUUCGCUUGAGGAGGGUGGGCUUUAAGCUAAAAAAUAAGGAUUUUUCCAAGGCUUUUGUUCACUCAGAGGGGGAGUAAGAAAAAUUAUUAUUUUCUAUUUAUUAUUGUCUUUUUCUAUAAUUUAUAAUAAAAAUGAGGAAUUAGAAAUUUCAGCAUCAAAUCUUACCUGCGCAGCCUACACAUGCAAGAAUGCUGAUCAAAAAUUCAUAAAUGACACUUGUGUCUACUAUGAUAGAGACCUCAACGCUUAUUUUUCUAAAAAAUGCUCAGACACCUCUAAAGCUUGUCUUCUUGAAGGAGAACACCCAGGAAACUACACAUGCCAGCCAUACAUCUCUUCAAAUGGUCUCAGCUGGCCUGGAGAACCCUGCACAACUAUCACUGACUGCGAGCAAACUUAUUCUAAAGCCUGCACAGGAGGCAUCUGUGUUGGAUAUCCUGUUAGCGCAACUUGCGAAGAUUCCAAUUAUUGCCAGCCUGGAAACUCUUGCAGAGGCUCUCCACUUACAUGCCAAGCACAAAUCCAAGUAGGCUCAACUGGCUGUCUUUCUGACGCAGACUGUACCAAUGAUGCAGCCUGCAACAUAACUUCAAAUACAAACGGUGCCUUAAACGCAUGUCUCCCUGCCUUCUCAAUUCAGCCUCACCAGCCUGUAGGUGGCUGUGUCAACGGGGUUAGCAACCUUUGCCGGCAAGUAACAUGUGCGGCUCAUCUAGGCGGGUUUUAUUGCACAGACCAGGUUUUCUCUGACUACAAUGUUCCAAAACCAUGUGACCUCACAAAAACAGGCCAGUGUGUGUCUACUGAGGACGAAUUUUUUACCCCUGCAUUUCAGCUUAUCUCAGACUGCGAAUGUGGGUACAAUAGAGAAGGAUUGUCUUAUUGUGCCCUAUUUCCUGGAGAUGGACUUUACCAGGCUUAUAUAAAUACAGUUGUCAUGUGGUUGAACAGCACAGGGAUAUUAAAAUGCAACACUCUCCGUCGAGACCAAACUAACUGUAUGAAAAGCUAUAUGGACGCUAAGCAGUUUAAUAGAUAUGUGUAUUACGAGUUUGUUAAAGAGCUAUAUCCUAAGAUUUAUCAGAGUGAGGACUGUGUUGUAGACACAGUUACAUCGUUUUAUGCAAAAGCAAGGGAUAACUAUGAUGCGGAUAACGAGGACUUUGCAGUGAGUAUUGCAGGAAUCACCUUUUUAUUAGGCUUGGCGUUAAAUUAA